GGGCUGGGCGGUGAGGAGGUGGGUUGAGCUGCCCCAGAUGCUGGAGCGGACAUCCCGGGCCACAAAGCCUGAGCCUUGGCUGAGUCCUCUCUGGGUCCCCUGGGACUCCAGCUUGACCUGUUUCUGUUCCAAGCCCCCCUUCGGAGGAAUCCAGCAGUUCCUUAGGGACCAAGGGCCCCAGGCUUGGGCAUGGGGACUGCUUGGCUUGCCCAGCUGUGAGGCAGUGGUCAGCCUAUGUGCUGGGUGUGGAGCUGGGGCCUCUGGGUUUGUUCGUUUUCAGACGGAGUUGCCGGAUGAGCUUGGCCAACAUUCCACUGACCCCUGAGACUCAGCGGGACCAGGAACGGCGGAUUCGGCGGGAGAUUGCCAACAGCAACGAGCGGAGGCGCAUGCAGAGCAUCAACGCGGGCUUCCAGUCCCUCAAGACCCUCAUCCCCCACACAGAUGGAGAGAAGCUCAGCAAGGCAGCCAUUCUCCAGCAGACAGCAGAGUACAUCUUCUCCCUGGAGCAGGAGAAGACCCGGCUCCUGCAGCAGAACACGCAGCUCAAGCGCUUUAUCCAGGAGCUGAGCGGCUCGUCCCCCAAGCGGCGGCGGGCAGAGGACAAAGACGAGGGCAUCGGCUCACCCGACAUCUGGGAGGACGAGAAGGCGGAGGAUCUGCGGCGGGAGAUGAUCGAGCUGCGGCAGCAACUGGACAAGGAGCGCUCGGUGCGCAUGAUGCUGGAGGAGCAGGUCCGCUCCCUGGAGGCCCACAUGUACCCGGAAAAGCUCAAGGUGAUCGCACAACAGGUGCAGCUUCAGCAGCAGCAGGAGCAGGUCCGGCUGCUGCACCAGGAGAAGCUGGAGCGGGAACAGCAGCACCUGCGGACCCAGCUCCUGCCCACUCCGGCCCCCACCCACCACCCCACGGUGAUAGUGCCGGCGCCGGCACCCCCUCCCUCUCACCACAUCAACGUCGUCACCAUGGGCCCCUCCUCGGUCAUCAACUCUGUUUCAACGUCCCGGCAAAAUCUGGACACCAUCGUGCAGGCGAUCCAGCACAUUGAGGGCACCCAGGGCCAGGAGGAGGAGCAGCGGCGAGCCGUCAUCGUGAAGCCCGUCCGCGGCUGCCCCGAGGCCCAUGCCUCCGACACCGCCUCUGAUUCGGAGGCCUCAGACAGUGACGCCAUGGACCAGGGCCGGGAGGAGCCAGCAGGGAACGGGGGGCUUCCCUGACCAGCCCCCCAGCCCUCCUCUCCCUUCUGGGGGCUGGAGGGGGCGGGGCAGCAACUGGGAGAGAGACGAGGGUGAACGAGUGAGAAAUUUUUACAAAAUUUACGGCAUCAUUUGGGUCUCUUUUAUGACCUCUUUUUUCAAUACUGUAAAUCGUCCUUUGAGUGAAGCCGCCCUACCCGAGGUCGGGGCUGGGGCGGCAGGAGCGCCUGGCAGCACCUGGGCACCUGGGGCUGGGCCUCGGCCCCGGAGGCUGGGGAAGCAGACGUGGAGGUGCCUGGCCUCUCCACCAAAAAAGCAUUUUUUCAAUGAAACAUGUUUUUAAGAACAGGGAAAAAAAUCAAACAAAACCCCAAGGUAUUUUUGCCCUCUCCAGAGCCAGCCUGCCGACCGUCAGUUUUUAAUUCCCCCUUCCCUCCUCUCUUUUGGUGUUCUUUCUCCUUUAAGCACUUACAUGGGUUGGGGGUCUGGCUGGGUCGGGGCUCUGGGGGUCCGGGGGUCUCCAUUGCUUCUCGGUUGGGGUUUGCUGCUGCCCUUCUCCCCUCCCCUCCCUCACCACCCAGCCCCCCACCUCUCCCUCCGGGUUUCCCAUCUUGCAUCCCAAAAAAGUCUUUGUCUCUCUCUUUGUUGUGUUUGUUGUUGGUUCUUUUUUGGUUUUGGUUUUUUUUGUUUUUGUUUUUUUACAAUUUUGAGGUCUUUAUGUUCAAGGAGAAACUAUUAUAUUUUGUUAAAAAAGUGGGGGGGGGCGGAAACCAAGAGGCCACUGUGCCUUUAUAAAGAAACAAAAUAAAGUUUGUACUUUGUUUUUUA